AUGCCGGUUUUUCACACGAAGACGAUAGAAAGUAUCCUGGAGCCGGUGGCUCAGCAGAUAUCCCAUCUGGUGAUAAUGCACGAAGAAGGUGAAGUUGACGGAAAAGCUAUCCCGGAUCUGUCGGCGCCGGUGGCUGCGGUACAGGCGGCUGUUAGCAACCUUGUCCGGGUGGGGAAGGAAACUGUACAAACCACAGAGGACCAGAUCAUGAAAAGGGACAUGCCACCAGCUUUUAUCAAAGUGGAGAAUGCGUGCACUAAGUUGGUGCAGGCCGCCUCCAUGCUGAAAGCUGAUCCAUACUCUGUUCCUGCUCGGGAUUAUCUUAUCGAUGGCUCCAGAGGAAUCCUGUCAGGAACCUCCGACCUGCUUCUGACCUUCGAUGAGGCUGAGGUCCGCAAAAUAAUCAGAGUGUGCAAAGGCAUCCUGGAGUACCUGACAGUGGCGGAGGUGGUGGAGUCUAUGGAGGACCUGAUCACGUACACAAAGAACCUGGGUCCAGGAAUGACCAAGAUGGCAAAGAUGAUCGACGAGCGGCAGCAGGAGUUGACUCACCAGGAACACCGCGUGAUGCUCGUCAACUCCAUGAACACAGUCAAAGAGCUGCUGCCCAUCCUCAUCUCAGGUAUUAAAAUUUUUGUGACGACCAAGACAUCUGGAGGUCAGGGUGUGGAGGAGGCCUUGAAGAACCGAAACUUCACUUUUGAGAAAAUGAGCGCAGAGAUAAACGAGAUCAUCAGAGUUCUCCAGCUGACAUCCUGGGACGAGGACGCCUGGGCGAACAAGGACACAGAGGCCAUGAAGAGAGCUCUGGGGCUCAUCGACUCGAAGAUGGCCCAGGCCAAGAACUGGCUGAGGGAUCCAAACGCUCAACCAGGGGAUGCGGGUGAGCAGGCCAUCCGUCAGAUCCUCGAUGAAGCUGGGAAAGUCGGAGAACUUUGCGCAGGGAAAGAGCGCAGAGACAUCCUGGGCACGGCCAAGACCCUGGGCCAGAUGACCGAUCAGGUGUCUGAGAUGAGAGCCAGAGGUCAAGGGGCAUCUCCAGCUGCCAUGCAGAAGGCCCAGCAGGUUUCCCAGGGCCUCGAUGUCCUCACGGGGAAGGUGGAAAACGCUGCUCGCAAACUGGAGGCCAUGACGAACUCAAAGCAGGCCAUCGCCAAACGGAUCGACGCCGCUCAGAACUGGCUGGCAGACCCCAAUGCCAGUCCAGAGGGAGAGGAGAACGUCAAGGCUCUCCUCGCUGAGGCCAAAAAGAUUGCAGAUAUGUGCGAGGACCCCAAAGAGAGGGAGGACAUCCUGCGAUCUAUCGGAGAGAUCGCUGCUCUCACUGCCAAACUGUCGGAUCUCAGAAGACAGGGUAAAGGUGACACUCCUGAGGCCCGUGCUUUGGCCAAACAGAUCGCAACAGCUCUGCAGAACCUGCAGUCCAAAACCAACAAGGCUGUGGCCAACAGCCGGCCGGCAAAGGCAGCCGUCCACCUGGAGGGGAAGAUAGAGCAGGCCCAGCGCUGGAUCGACAACCCCACCAUGGAUGACAGCGGUGUGGGUCAGGCAGCGAUCCGUGGGCUGGUGGCCGAGGGCCGCAGGCUGGCCAAUGCUCUGCCUGGUCCGUACAGGCAGGAGCUGCUGGGUAAAUGCGAGCAGGUGGAGCAGCUCAUGGCCCAGCUGGCCGACCUGGCCGCCCGGGGUGAAGGCGACUCCCCUCAGGCUCGUGCCGUAGCUCAGCAGCUCCAGGAGGCCCUCAAGGACCUGAAAGGUAAAAUGCAGGAAGCGAUGACUCAGGAGGUGUCCGACAUCUUCAGCGACACCACAACCCCCAUUAAGUUACUGGCAGUGGCAGCUACUGCUCCUCUGGACGCCCCCAACAGAGAUGAGGUUUUCGAGGAAAGAGCCGCCAACUUCGAGAACCAUGCCAACAAACUUGGCACCACAGCAGAGAAGGCCGCUGCUGUCGGCACUGCCAACAAGAGCACAGUGGAGGGAAUCCAGGCUGCCGUCAAGUCGACCAGAGACCUAACACCACAAGUGGUUUCUGCGGCCCGGAUUCUGCUGAGAAACCCUGGAAACCAAGCAGCGUACGAACACUUUGAGACCAUGAAGAACCAGUGGAUCGACAAUGUGGAGAAAAUGACAGGUUUGGUAGACGAGGCCAUCGAUACUAAAUCCCUCCUGGACGCUUCAGAAGAGGCCAUCAAGAAGGAUCUGGAUAAAUGCCGCGUUGCCAUGGCCAACCACCAGCCGCAGAUGCUAGUCGCCGGCGCCACCAGCAUCGCCCGCAGAGCCAACCGAAUCCUCCUGGUGGCCAAGCGAGAGGUAGAGAACUCAGAGGAUCCCAAAUUCAGAGAAGUGGUGAAGGCAGCGUCUGACGAACUGAGCCAGACCAUCUCCCCCAUGGUGAUGGACGCCAAGGCGGUGGCAGGAAACAUCCAGGAUCCAAUGCUUCAGAAGGGCUUCCUGGACUCGGGUUACAAGAUUCUUGGUGCUGUUGCGAAGGUGAGGGAAGCCUUCCAGCCUCAGGAGCCAGACUUCCCACCACCUCCUCCUGAACUUGAUCAACUCAAUCUUAAUGAUGAAGCUGCACCACCAAAGCCUCCUCUUCCUGAGGGUGAGGUUCCUCCGCCCAGACCUCCUCCCCCAGAGGAGAAGGACGAAGAGUUCCCUGAGCAGAAGGCCGGAGACAUGGUCAACGAACCCAUGAUGGUGGCAGCUCGGCAGCUCCACGAUGAGGCCCGCAAAUGGUCCAGCAAAGGAAACGACAUCAUCGGCGCGGCCAAACGAAUGGCGCUGCUCAUGGCCGAGAUGUCCCGUCUGGUGCGUGGAGGAAGCGGCAACAAGCGCGCCCUCAUCCAGUGCGCUAAAGACAUCGCUAAGGCCUCUGAUGAGGUCACACGGCUCGCCAAGGAGGUCGCCAAGCAGUGUACCGACAAACGCAUCCGGACCAACCUGCUCCAGGUUUGCGAGCGCAUUCCCACCAUCAGCACACAGCUCAAAAUCCUGUCCACAGUCAAAGCCACCAUGUUGGGUCGGACCAACAUCAGUGAAGAAGAAUCAGAGCAGGCGACAGAGAUGCUGGUCCACAACGCUCAGAACCUGAUGCAGUCUGUGAAGGAGACGGUCAGGGAGGCCGAGGCUGCGUCCAUCAAGAUCCGGACAGAUGCUGGUUUCACCCUCCACUGGGUCCGAAAGACCCCCUGGUACCAGUAA